AUGAGCCAGGAACAGCCGUGGCGCGCCCAAGGGGGUCGACAACCCAUCAAAUACGGUGACGUUUUUCACGUCUCUGGUGACCUCGCCCAGAAGCCCGUCGCACCGGAGGAUGCUGCCAUGAUGCAGAGCGCUGAGGCCAGGGUGCUCGGACAAACCCAACCUGGAGGACCCGCCGCGGUUAUGCAGUCAGCAGCCACGCAAAACGAACACUCAGGCCUCGUCGGCCACAGGGACGUCAAUGAUGUCACCGGUGACCUUGGUGUCACCGUUACUGAGACUCGAGCUCCCGGAAGACGCAUUGUAACUGAAUCAGUUGCCGGACAGGUUGUGGGGAAGUAUGUUGAACCGACGCAGUUUCAAAUGGGUGCGGCGGGGACAAUUCGAGAGACUGCAGUGACGAUAGGGGAGGCGCUGGAAGCCGCGGCCAGGACAGUGGGCGAAAAGCCGGUGGAGCAGAGCGACGCCGCCGCAAUACAAGCGGCGGAAGUGAGAGCAACAGGAAGCAACGUGAUAUCACCUGGUGGGCUGGCUGCCAUCGCGCAAUCGGCGGCAGCAUACAAUGCGGGAUGUGCUCGCGACGAGGACAAGGUGAAGCUGGGCGACGUCCUGAGGGAUGCAACGGGGAGGUUGGCGGCGGAUAAAGCGGCCACUCCAGAGGACGCCGAAGGUGUGGCGGAUGCAGAAAUGAGGAACAGUCCAGACUCGGGAAUAAGAACUCCGGGAGGCGUAGCGGCUUCUGUCGCCGCAGCAGCAAGGCUCAACGAGAACGUUAAUUUGUAA